AAUGACCCUUUAGUGUUCUUCCCUUUUGUAAAUCUUGGAAAUUUGGAGAUCAAAUUUGCCAAAAAAGAGAGAAAAGAACAACCUUAAAAAGCGAGGAUAAAAAAACAGAGGAGAUAAUGGUGGGCUCAGGAACAACAACAACAACAAAUACAGAUAGAAACAAAGAAGCAGUUGGAAUGUUGGCACUUCAUGAAGCUUUAAGAAGUGUUUGUCUCAAUACUGACUGGACUUACUCUGUCUUCUGGACCAUUAGGCCUCGACCAAGGGUUAGAGGGGGUAAUGGCUGCAAAGUUGGAGAUGAUAUUGGUAGCUUGAUGUUGAUGUGGGAAGAUGGAUAUUGCAGAGGAAGAAUGGUGGAUUGUUUAGAAGAAAUGGAUGCAGGGGAAGAUCCUGUGAGGAAAGCAUUCAGCAAAAUGUCUAUUCAGUUGUAUAACUAUGGAGAAGGAUUAAUGGGAAAAGUAGCUUCUGAUAAGUGUCACAAAUGGGUAUUCAAAGAGCCAACAGAAUGUGAUCAGAGUAUAUCUAACUAUUGGCAAAGCUCUUUUGAUGCUCUUCCAACAGAAUGGAAUGAACAGUUUGAUUCAGGAAUACAGACUAUAGCUGUAAUUCAAGCUGGUCAUGGCCUUUUGCAACUUGGAUCAUGCAAGAUUGUACCUGAAGAUCUUCAUUUUGUGCUUAGAAUGAGACAUACUUUUGAAUCACUUGGCUACCAAUCUGGUUUUUAUCUUUCACAAUUGUUUGCAUCCACUGCGUCGCCUUCUUCAACUGGGAUUCCGUUAAAGCAACCAACGGACCCAAUCCACCAACCUCCUGCUUUCAACUGGACUGCAGCGAACCGAAUGCAAUCACCAAAUUUUCAGAAUCCUACAAGACUUGGGUUCGUUCCUAAAGAUGAGACACACAUGUUCCUCCAUCCUCAUUCAUCAGAACCACAAAUGGGAACCAUGAUGAGUCAUGACCAUGUUGAAAACGAUAUCAAAUGGCCUAAUGGACUAACCUUCUUCAAUGCACUUACAGAAGGGAUUGGUGGCAGGCCCGAUGGUAGUCAGAACUUGAAUCACGAUAAACACGAGGGGGGUAUCUACACGGAUGUCAUGGAAAAUUUCUUGGAGUGAUCGAGAGAUUGAUAAUCAAACGAUUGUAUGACAAGUUUGUGAUGUACCUUUGAAAGAAACUCUUAGUGAUCUUUCUUUUUAAUGCAAUAUUUCGUAGCUGUUUUGAUC